AUGGCUUCUAGCACGCGGAAAAUCGUCCAGGUGGCGUGCGCGGUCCUCUGGUGUCUGUUUGCCGCGGGCCCCAUCUUCGGCUUUGCGGCUCUCAAGCCGGUUCUGGUAGCGGAGGGCGUCUACAGCCAGUACUGCUCCAACUCGCCGUCGGACGGCCCCUGCAAGGAGCAGGAUCUGCGACUCAACUUCAUGUUCAACGUGGGCGCGAUUCUGACCAAUGUAGACGCCAUUGUCGUGGGAUUCGUGCUCGACAAGUACGGGCCUCGAAUCAGCGGCAUAGUCGGAUCUGUGGUCAUUUUUGUCGCCACCCUGGUGCUGUCUAACGCCGCGUUGCUGCCGGGGGACCCCUGGCUGGUCGGCUACUCGCUGCUGGCCGUGGGAGGCCCGUUUGUGUUCAUUUCGAGCUUCCACCUCAGCAACACGUUUGUGCAGUACUCAGGCACCAUUCUUGCGCUGCUGACGGGGGCGUUUGACGCCUCGUCCGCGGUGUUCCUCGGCUUCAGAAUAUCCUACGAAAACUCGGGCAUCUCGCUGUCCCAGCUCUUCUCCAUCUACACUAUUGUGCCCAUCUUCAUUCUCCUGGCGGAGGUGUUUGUGAUGCCCCAGACUAGCUACAAGUCCGACGAGUCGUUUGCGUCGGUGGUCUCCACCUCCGCAGGCCACAUGGAGGCCGAGGAACAGGCACUGUUGGAAGACGCAGACCUCACCAACUACACCGGUCGACGAUCGUCCUUCAUCUCCAACCGAGGCUCCUUCCUCAGCCGACGACGCCCCUCUCUGGUCCACGAGGCCCCCACUCCCCAGAACCUGGCACAGUACGGCUCUCUCAAGGGCCUGACUGCUAGACAGCAGCUGGCCACCAACUGGGCGUUCCUGAUCAUCGUCUUCACCACCCUGCAGAUGCUCAGAAUCAACUACUUUGUUGCCACCAUCAACUCCCAGUACACAUACCUUCUGGGCCACGAGCAGGCACAGAAGAUCAACGGCAUCUUCGACUACUUGCUGCCUCUGGGCGGCGUGCUUGCCAUCCCCAUGAUUGGCUUUGUUCUCGACCAUAUGAGUCUGGUGGGCUCCUGGACCACCGUGGUCACUCUGUCGCUCACUCUGGGAGCCCUUAACCUCGUUGCCAAGCCCUGGGCCGCCUACAUCAACGUGUUCUUGUUUGUGCUCUACCGACCGCUCUACUACACGGCCGUGAGCGACUACGCUGCUAAGAUUUUCGGGUUCAAGACCUUUGGCACCGUUUACGGCGUGGUGAUUUGCAUUUCCGGUUUGUUCAACAUUCUGCAGUCGGUGCUCGACCGACUCACCAAGCAGACCUUCCACCUCAACCCCAGCCCCGUCAACACCAUUCUGCUGGGCGCCACAGCCGUCUCGGGUCUUGCGCUGGUCGGAUACAUCAAGAGUCAAGGCCAGAACCUCAAGCGGCAGUUUCUGGAGAUUGAGGCCGAAGCCUCUGAGCCCAUGCCCAUGCCUGGUACUCCUGCGGUUCCCGGUGUGACCACCACGCAUGAUCCUCUUCACGGCGAGACCGAGAUCUCCUUCAACGAUCCCAAGCACACCAGCAAGCCCAAGAAGGACGAUGGUGAUAGCUGUGGCACAGGACAUUGCAACAAUUGCGUUUGUGAUGUUUAA